UCGCAUAUCCAAAUCAAUUUCCUAGACGAAUACACGUGAAUUUUCAUCACCAAGAUGUCCUUGAAAGGCAACACUGCCAAACAGGCUGCAGACAAAAGCGGCGCUGGAGACACACUUAGCAUGUCGAGUGGUUCCUCCGUUGACAGUCAGGAAGCUGCUGUUAAAAAGAAAAAGGAUAUACAGCCCACAGCACCAGUUAUACCAGUACCCGAGUAUACCGAAGAGGAUUUGAAUAAGCUCACCACCUUCGUACAGCGCAUGACAUUGCUCUUUGCUUUGGAUCAUCGCGACUGGCACGAGGAAACAUUGAAGAUUAUAAAACGUUGGUUCAUGGAAGUCAACCAUCCGAUAAUGACAAUAUUUUAUGAUCGCAAUAUACUUAGCGCUUGCCUAGGUUUUCCGCUAGCACCAGUGGCUGACAUCAGCUAUUUUGUGCGCAAACCAAAUCAAAUCUUCACCGUAGACGGUUUCCACGAUGAGAUUAACUUUGGCACCAUACACGAGGAUGUCGAUGGUUGUUUGCUGAAAAUUAUGCAAUAUGUAUAUCAGCCAAUAUUUCGCAAUUACAAAGAUUGGAAUGAUAAUAUAAAGAGUCGCUUCUGCAGAGCAAUGGACAAAUUUCUAUGUUACCUCACUAGUCUACAUUAUAAAAUGGCUGGACUCACAGUGCUAUACGUGCCCUAUGUGGUGAAGCAAAUCUCACGGCCGGAUAUACAACAUGAUCGUGAAUUUGUGAAGAAUCUCGAAUCGAUUGUGGUCUAUUGGACAACUCAGAUACGCACGCUAAUAAAUGAUAAGACGCUCGUGGCUCAACAUGACUUUGUUGUACCCACCGAGGAAUAUGAGUUCUGGCUAUAUCGAUUCGAGGUACUCCAAGGCCUGGACACACAAUUACAAAAUGAAGACGUACAGCAAAUCAUACACGUUUUACGCAACUCCCAUUCGGUGUAUAUUAAACAAGUGGACGAACUCAUCGAGGAGUGCCAUAAUGAAAUGGAAGAAGCGAAAUCUAAUAUUAAAUACUUGUAUUUACUCAACGAGCCUUGCUCACGCAUCGAUCAGGCCGAGUCGCCCGCCGCCGUGCCAACACUCAUACCGCGCAUUGUGCACAUUAUACGUUAUAUUUGGUUGAAUUCUGAGUUUUAUAAGCGUCGGGAUCUCAUCACCGGUCUAUUUCGCAAUCUCAGCAAUCAGAUCAUUAAGUUUUGUCUUGAUCAGGUCAACGUGGACAAAGUACUUCAGGGAAAUCCAAGAUUUGGUAUACGUAUGGCGAAUAUGGCAAUCGAUUGUUGUCUCUCUUACCGUGCUAUAUAUGAUUUAAUGUCGAAAGAACAUGCUUCUCGUAAGCCGGAUGUUGGUUGGGAUUUGGAAAACGCAAUGAUAUUUAAUCAUGUGGACGCAUUUAUUGAACGGCUCAAUGAUCUAAUUGACAUAUGUGAAUCGAUGAUUGUGUUCGGUCGCUUGGACGAGACGGAGACAAUACCGAAACCAAUCUUCGGCGGCACCAAUGGUGAGGAAUUUGAGCGCACUGCCGAAGGUGUUGAAAAACAAUUUAUGGUAUUAUUGGAUGCUUUGGAGCAUGAUUCUAAGGAACUUAUAUUGAAUGUAAAUAAAAACGAGUGGUACGAGGAAGUUUUGAAAUAUCGCCGCACAGUGCAGAGUUUUGAGGAGACGAUUCAACGUCUCAUGUCAAAUGUGUUCCAACGCAUCUGCAAUAUUGAGGAGGGUCUCGAAGUCUUGAAUGUAACACUUUUCUAUUCAUAUCGUGCUAGCAUUCGCAAAACUUACCUCCGUCAAGUGAGCGAUGUCUGGAUAAUGUUCGAUAAGGAGAUGUCGGACACAACUAAAAUGUUAAUGGAACGUGUAAAACUACACGAAUCUUGGAUACCAUAUUAUGUUUCACGUGCCAUCGGCUAUCGCAUUAACCUCGAGCGUCUGCAAUGGCUACGCGAUCGACUCAACACAUCUGAAUGGUUACCGGUGGUGCCCGAAGCAAAAAUAGUGCUAGAUAAGUUUGAAAAUCUUAAAAAGGAUUAUACCAAAGAGAUUAAGAAAGCUUUCGAUGAAUGGACAAAUAACUGUAGUAGCACAACUUUAGAGAGCCGCUUGGAGCGCACCUUAAUCGUACGUAGUAAAAUCAAACGUGGCUUGAUCGAAUGCAAUAUGGAUCGUACGAUACUGAGCAUAUGUGAUCAAGCGAGACAUUUCGAGAAUCUUGGUUUUCAAAUACCGCCGCUCAUACGCAAGGUGUACGAUCGUUAUAGUACACUACAGUUUGUCUACAACAGCGUACUUACCGUCUGCUUGGACUAUAACCGUAUUUUGGCUGCACUCUCCGAACAGGAGAGAAAUCUCUUUCGUGCACUGAUCCAUGCGUGUGAUCGUAAAAUUGCGCCUGGUCUCUUCAAGUUAACUUGGAGUGGUGAAUUGAGCGAUGCUUACAUAGCGGACUGUGCCAAGCAUACGAAAAAAUUACAAGACUCGUUGGACAUUUAUAAACGUGCUAAUCGUCAGAUUGCUAAAACGUGUGAGAAAAUCUGCGACACGGCAUUGAUAAAGCUGGUGUUAAGUGGUGCUGUCGAACUGUCGGUUUUCGAACUGGCACUAGCGUCAUCUACGCGGAAAGCAACAAAUGCUAUUUUAGGUCACUACGAAACAAUAGUGGAGCUACUAUUUGCGGUAUUCACCGAGUUUCAGCCGGUGUUGGAUGAGAUGGAGACUGAGUGGUAUGAAUAUAUCACCCAAUUCGAUGCUAUGCUAAAUGCUGCACUCAUGACCUGCGCUCGUAACUCUUUACUGAAUGUGUACAAUCUGGUGCGCUCCGAAGGAGAUAUACUGCCUUCUCCCGUACUAAUUUUAGAAGCGGAUAUUGUUGAGGGCAAGAUACAACUUACACCCAAUAUGACAGAUAUCAAGCAACUUUUUGCUGGAAUAUUCGAACGCGUUGGCACCUGCUUAGCGGUUAUACCCAGACUCACAGCCAAAUUGAAAUUGCCAAAAGAAUAUCAACAACCGUUAUUUUCAACAACAUUUGCCAAUGAUAUCGAGGCAAAGGAAAUACAAGCCUCACUGGAAUAUGAAGUGAAGUACAAUGAAGAAGAAAUCGAAACAUUUUUAAUGGGUUGGCGUUAUUAUCGUGAUAUCUGGGAAAAAACAGAAUCGGAGUUCACUAAACACAUCGUCUCUACCGAGCAGAAAGCAUAUGUCUUCGAACAGAGUAUUGAAUAUUACAGCAGUUUGGCGGAUGAGAUUGGCAUGAAGGAUUCCAUUGUAAAUGUAUACUUUAUAUUAGUAAAUCAGAAUUUUCUUAAGAACACCCUAAUGGAUUAUAUUGAAAAAUGGCAGAUGCUGAAUAUAAAGCUAUUACUGCGACGUGCAACAGCGAAAAUUAAUGGUGUUUACCGUUAUAUUCGAAAAAAUGGCGAACGCAUCCAAAUUGUGCCACGCAAUCUUAAAGAAGCUCGCGAGGCAACGGAACUAUAUGAAUUUCUCUUCAAUGAUGCUCCACGAAAGCAAGCAGAAUUCCCAGCAAUGUUGAGUCUAUUUAAGCUACUCGAUUUUUACCUAGUCGAAAUACCCGAUGCCACACGCAAACUCGUCACCAAUCUCGAAGCUGAGUGGGAUGCUUACCUAAAAAUUCUAUUACAUUCUAGUGAUAUGCUGGAGAUGACACGUGAAGAAUUUAAGAAGACUCUUUUGAGACAAGCUGAAAAGUUCAAGACAGUCAUGAAAGAGUUUCUAGCCGAUUUCAUGCUGAAACUACCAACAUCUGCACAAACAAAACCGAAAAUUGCACUGAAAUAUUUAAAAAUUAUUGAAAAUAAAGUGAGAGAUUGUUUCAAUUUCGAAAAGAGUUUAGCAAAUGAUUUGAGUACGUUCCACAUCAAUCAACCGGAUAAUUUGGAUUUGAAGAAGUUGGAGAGUGAACUGCUAGUUGUGAGAGGAAUUUGGGAGCUCAUACUUGAAUGGCAAACCGCCUGGGAUGAAUGGCGUAAAGGCAAUUUCUGGCAAAUGAAUAUUGAUAUAAUGGAGGAGACAGCCAUUAGUUUGUAUAAAGAGUUCAAUAUUUUAAAUAAACGUUAUAUGGAGCGUGAUUGGGAGAUGCUGCAGGUGACAACGAAAAUUGUGGACAGCUUUCGACGGACAAUGCCUCUAAUAACAGCGCUCAAGAAUCCAUGCAUGAGAAAGCGUCACUGGGAUAAUGUUCGCGACGUUGUUGGAGUUAUUUUCGACGAGAACUCCAAAAAGUUUACCCUAGAACUAGUCAUUAAUCUGGACUUUCAAGCGUACUCUGAGGAGAUCCAAGACAUCUCAAAUGCCGCCACAAUGGAAUUACAAAUUGAGAAUGGAAUAAAGAAUAUCGCAAGUAUUUGGCGAAAACAAAGUUUCGAAAUGGCCUUCUACCGUGAUGGCAUAUAUCGCAUAAAGAAUGUCGAUGAUUGUAUGCAGUUACUCGAAGAGCAUAUGGUACAAAUUUCCGCAAUGAAAGCGACCCGCUUUGUGGAGCCCUUUAUAGUGGUGGUCGAUUACUGGGAGAAGACGCUCUCUUACAUAGCGGAAACACUGGAAAUGGCAUUGAAUGUACAACGGCAAUGGUUGUAUUUGGAGAAUAUUUUUGCUGGUGAGGAUAUACGCAAACAACUGCCGGCCGAGGCGAAACACUUUGUCAGUCUUACAGAUGAAUUUCGCAUGAUUACCUCGAAAAUGUAUAACGCCAAGUCGGCGGUGCGGGCAACACAUUUGCGGAAGCCACCAUUUUUGCUUGAACGCUUUAACAAAAUGGACGAACGCUUAGAGCUCAUACAACGUGCUUUGGAAAUAUAUUUGGAAUCGAAGCGUCAAUUAUUUCCACGUUUCUAUUUCAUUUCCAACGACGACCUUUUGGAGAUUUUGGGCAAUGCCAAGCGCCCGGAUUUGGUGCAACCUCAUCUGAAGAAACUCUUUGAUAACUUGUACCGUUUGGAGUUGAAGCGUGUGGGCAAAACUAUGAGUCGGUUUCAGGCUAUGGGCAUGUAUGCGGACGAUGGUGAAUAUGUUGAAUUUCUCAAUGUGCUAUACAUUGAAGGCCCCUCCGAGAAGUGGUUAAAGAUGGUGGAAGACUUUAUGUUAGCCGUUAUGAAGGAAAAGCUGAAGCAAACGCGUGCCUCCCUCAAAAAACUUAUUAGUAAUCGCGAGCAGUGGCUCUCGCUAUGGCCGGGUCAAAUGUUGCUCACCACAUGUCAAAUUCAAUGGACCACCGAAUGUACCCGCAGUCUCAUACACUGUAAAAUGGUGGAUCAGAAGAAACCAUUACGCAAAUUGAAACGAAAACAAAAUAAAGUGCUCGCCAAACUUUCGGAGCUAAGUCGCAAGGAGCUUUCAAAGAUAAUGCGUCUCAAGGUUAAUACGCUUAUAACAAUUGAAAUUCAUGGACGCGAUGUUAUCGAUCGCAUGUACAAGGUGAAUUGCAAGGACGUGAGCCAUUUCGAGUGGUUCUCACAGCUGCGCUUCUAUUGGCAUCGCGAGUCUGAGCUAUGCGUUAUACGUCAAACGAACACAGAACAUUGGUAUGCCUACGAGUACACGGGCAAUUCAGGUCGUCUAGUCAUUACACCACUCACCGAUCGCUGCUACAUAACAUUAACAACGGCACUGCACUUGCAUCGUGGAGGCAGCCCAAAAGGUCCGGCUGGUACUGGCAAAACUGAGACCGUCAAGGACUUGGGCAAAGCGCUGGGUAUGUGGGUUAUAGUCACGAAUUGUUCCGAGGGUCUGGAUUACAAGAGUAUUGGCAAGAACUUUUCUGGUUUGGCACAAACGGGCGCUUGGGGCUGCUUUGAUGAAUUCAAUCGCAUCAAUAUCGAAGUAUUAUCGGUCGUGGCACAGCAAAUUCUAUCAAUUAUGUCAGCGCUCUCCGCUAAAUUGACAGAGUUCAAUUUCGAGGGUAUCGUAAUCAAGCUUAGGCACACAGUCGGUCUUUUUAUAACCAUGAAUCCUGGCUAUGCUGGUCGCACAGAAUUACCAGAUAAUUUAAAAUCUAUGUUUCGACCGAUAGCAAUGAUGGUUCCCGACAAUGCCAUCAUAGCGGAAAAUUUACUCUUCUCCGAUGGUUUCUCAAAUACGCGAAGCUUGGCGCGUAAAGUUUUCACUCUCUACGAAUUGGCUAAACAACAACUUUCCAAACAAUACCAUUAUGAUUUCGGUCUGCGCUCCAUGGUCGCUCUGUUGCGUUAUGCGGGUCGCAAACGACGUCAACUACCGAACACUAACGAAGAGGAAAUCGUUUAUUUAGCUAUGCGCGACAUGAAUGUGGCACGCUUAACCGCUAACGAUUUGCCACUCUUCAAUGGCAUUAUGUCCGAUAUAUUUCCCGGCGUUACUUUACCCGUUAUUGAUUAUAGUGACUUCAAGACUGCGAUUGAGGAUGAAUUACGAAGUAAUGGCUUACAACUCAUACCGAUCGCCAUCAAAAAGAUUAUCGAACUGUAUGAGACGAAGAAUUCGCGACACUCUUCCAUGAUUAUUGGUAAUACUGGCACUGCAAAGACGGUUACUUGGAAGUGUUUGCAGGGAGCCUUCGUGCGCAUGAACGCCAAUAAACAUCCCGGCUGGGAGGCGGUCAUUGUGCACCCGGUCAAUCCAAAAGCACUCAACUUAGCCGAACUCUACGGCGAAUAUAAUUUGGCGACCGGUGAAUGGUUGGACGGCGUGCUCAGCUCUAUUAUGCGGGUUAUUUGCGCUGAUGAAGAUCUCACACAGAAAUGGCUGCUUUUCGAUGGACCUGUAGAUGCAGUUUGGAUCGAGAAUAUGAAUUCAGUUAUGGAUGAUAACAAGAUUUUAACUCUAGUGAAUAGUGAACGAAUUACAAUGCCAGCACAAGUAUCAUUGCUUUUCGAGGUGGCUGAUUUGGCUGUAGCCUCACCAGCGACUGUUUCACGUUGUGGUAUGGUGUACAAUGAUUACAACGACUGGGGUUGGCGUCCGUAUGUAAACUCAUGGUUAGCCAGGCAAAAAAUUCCCGAAUAUGUAAAGCUGGUGCGUGAAUAUUUCGAUCAAUAUUUGGAUAAAGUUUUAGAAUUCAAACGGCAGCGUUGCAAGGAAAUCGUCAAGACAAAUCAGUUAAAUGUGGUCAUGUCAAUGUGUAAGCUCUUAGAGGCUUUCGCUACAAAACAGAAUGGCAUUGUACCGGGUAAUAUUGACGUAUUGGAAACAAUGAGCAAACUAUGGUUUCUAUUUUCACUCAUCUGGUCAGUGUGUGCCACUGUUGAUGAAGAUAGUCGCAAUCGUGUGGAUUCGUACAUAAGAGAGCUGGAUAGCUCGUUCCCUAUUAAGGACACUGUUUAUGAUUAUUACGUCGAUCCGGUGCAUGGUACGCUCAUGCCGUGGGAGAGCAUGCUUUCGGACUCUUGGAAAUAUGAUGAAAGUCUGCCAUUCUACAAAAUCAUCGUACCCACUGUGGAUACCGUGCGGUAUGAAUAUCUAGUUUCGAAACUAUUGCAAGAAGAACACCCUGUUAUGUUAGUGGGUAAUGUUGGCACUGGGAAGACCUCUACAGCUGUUAGCGUAAUGGAUGCCUGCGAUAAGAACAAAUAUACAGUGCUCUCCAUAAACAUAUCCGCACAGACUACAGCUGCUGGUCUACAGGAAUCCAUUGAAAAUCGCACGGAGAAACGUACGAAAACCUUUUUUGUACCAAUCGGUGGUAAACGCAUGAUUUGUUUCAUGGACGACUUCAACAUGCCAGCCAAAGACACAUACGGCUCACAGCCACCGCUUGAACUUAUACGCCAAUGGAUCGAUUAUAAAUAUUGGUUUAAUAGACGAAAUCAGCAGAAGAUCUAUGUGCAGAAUACACUGUUAAUGGCGGCGAUGGGUCCGCCUGGCGGUGGGCGCCAAGUGAUCUCUCCACGUACACAAAGUCGUUUCGUCAUUAUCAAUAUGACAUUUCCCACCGAAGCUACUAUAAUGCGCAUUUUCGGCACAAUGCUCCAACAGAAGCUAAAACCAUUUGCCAAUGAUAUACGUGAGAUCGCUUUGAAAGUCACCUCGUGCACAAUCGAUUUGUACAAUGCAGUGGUUGCACGCAUGUUGCCAACACCAGCCAAGUCCCAUUACCUGUUCAAUUUACGCGACAUUUCGAAAAUAUUCCAGGGAUUAUUACGUGGCCAUCACGAAGCGCAGACUAAGCGGUCGAUGUUUUUGCGUUUGUGGGUACAUGAAGCUUUCCGCGUCUUCAGCGAUCGUUUGAUCGACGAUCUAGAUCAAGGCUGGUUUAUAAACGAGAUGAACAACAUACUUGGCAAAUAUAUGGAGAUCACCUACCACAGUUUGUGCCCCAACAAAAUCGUACCCAUAUUUGGCGACUUUAUGAGCAAUCAAGGUUACUACGAGGAUCUGCCGUUUGAAGAUCUUCGCAAGUAUAUCAAUCGUCAAAUGGAGGAAUAUAAUAAUUUCCCAGGUAUGGCUAACAUGAAUUUGGUAUUCUUCAAGGAAGCUAUAGAGCAUGUUACGCGCGCUGUACGUGUCAUAUCUCAGCCGCGUGGUCAUGUCCUGAACAUCGGUAUUGGUGGCUCAGGUCGGCAGGCGCUGGUGCGCUUAGCCGCUUUCAUUUGCGAAUUCGGUACAUUCUCAAUUGAAGUCACUAAAAAAUAUAAAACAAACGAAUUCAAAGAGGAUCUGAAGAAUCUAUAUAAAGUGACGGGCAUCAAACAGCGCGGCACCGUAUUCCUCUUUAGCAACGAGCAAGUAGCAGAAAGCUCUUUCCUUGAAAUCCUAAACAAUAUGUUAAGCACUGGUGAGGCGAAUCUCUUUAAGUCAGACGAAUUUGAAGAAUUGAAAACGGAAUUGGAGCGACCAGCCAAAAAGGCGGGCAUACAGUUUACCACGGAGUCACUUUAUAAUUUCUUUAUGCAAAAUGUGCGUGAGAAUAUGCAUAUCUCACUCGCAAUGAGUCCGAUCGGAGAGGACUUCCGCAGUUAUAUACGUCAAUAUCCAGCUUUGAUUAACAACACUUCACCGAACUGGUUUCGGCUUUGGCCGCAAGAAGCACUCUUAGAGGUGGCACAGAAAUUUUUGGCGGGCUUCAAAAUCAACGUAUCAGUGCCAGGCAAAGAAGAUGAGAAGCACAGGGACAGUUUAAUACUGACCACUGAGGACCGAUUGCAAAAGGCUGUUGCUUAUGUGUUCUCAGUAAUUCAUUCGAGCGUAGCACAAAUGUCUGUGCAGAUGCUGGCAGAGGUUAAACGGCACAAUUACGUCACAUCGCCCAAUUAUCUGGAACUGGUAAGCGGUUUUAAGGCUUUACUGGAAAAUAAACGCUUCGAAGUGUCGUCCAGCGCGAAUAAGCUGAGGAAUGGUCUAUCAAAAAUUCAAGAAACACAAGAAAAGGUUUCAAUAAUGUCCGAGGAGCUAAAAAUCAGCUCCGAGCAGGUGAAAAUUUUAGCUAAGGAAUGUGAAGAGUUCAUAGCAAUCAUAGAGAUACAAAAGGCCGAGGCUACGGACCAAAAGGAAAAGGUCGAUGCAGAGGCAAUAAUUAUACGGCAAGAAGAAGUUGUUUGUUUAGACUUGGCGGCAACUGCGCAAGCUGAUUUGGAUGUUGUUAUGCCAAUGAUAGAUGCCGCCAUAAAAGCUUUGGAUGCGUUGAGCAAAAAAGAUGUGGCCGAAGUGAAAUCUUACGGACGGCCACCUAUGAAAAUUGAGAAGGUUAUGGAAGCUGUUUUGAUUUUGCUCGGUAAGGAGCCGACUUGGGAGAAUGCCAAAAAAGUAUUGGGCGAAGUAAAUUUCCUGAAUGACUUGAAAAAUUUCGAUCGUGAUCAUGUUACCGAUAAAACAUUGAAACGCAUUGGCUUGUAUACGAAAAAUCCCGAACUGGAACCCGACAAAGUCGCUAUAGUGUCCGUGGCGUGCAAAUCUCUUAUGCAAUGGAUAAUGGCGAUCGAAAACUAUGCUAAAGUUUAUCGUAUCGUUGCGCCAAAGCAAGAGAAGUUGGACAAUGCCAUGCGCUCUUUGGCUGAGAAACAGGCAAUGCUCGCGGCUGCUAUGAAGAAAUUAGAAGAGCUGAAUGCUGCGAUUGCCGAACUUUAUCGGCAGUUAAACGAAAAGACAGAACUGCUCAAUGAGUUGCGAAUCAAAGAGGAACGUCUGAGAAAACAGCUCGAACGCGCCAUUAUUUUGGUGGAAUCCCUGUCUGGCGAACGUGAACGUUGGAUUGAGACAGUUGCCUCACUGGAUUUGGCCUUUGAGAAACUACCCGGCGAUUGUUUGCUGGCAACUGCAUUCACAUCUUACCUCGGUCCCUUCGAUACCAAGUAUCGCGAAAUACUGGUUGAGAAAUGGAUUGGACUGAUUGUGUCAAAUCAAAUUCCCUGCACCGACGAAAUGAAGAUAACACUUUUCCUCAGCGAUGCCGUGACCAUACGUGAAUGGAAUAUUCAAGGAUUGCCAGCAGAUGACUUUAGCACUGAAAAUGGUGUCAUCGUAAUGGGUGGACAACGUUGGCCACUCAUCAUUGAUCCACAAUCGCAAGCGAAUACGUGGAUCAAGAACUUCGAGGCCAAUAAUGAUUUGAAAGUGAUUGAUUUCUCACAAACUGAUUAUCUACGUUCGUUGGAAAGAGCUCUGUCCGCUGGUAAUCCUGUACUGCUACAAAAUGUUGGCGAGAGCUUGGAUCAGGCCAUAAAUCCUAUCUUACGGAAAAGUUUCACCAUGCAAGGCGGUCAGAAAUUGAUAAAGUUCAAUGAUAAAUACAUCACCUAUAACGAUGCCUUCAAACUAUACAUAACUACGAAAAUCACCAACCCCCACUACCCACCGGAAAUCUCAUCGAAAACAACAAUCGUGAAUUUCGCCGUCAAGCAAGAUGGAUUACAGGCACAACUCUUAGGUAUUAUAGUACGCAAAGAGAAGCCCGCGUUGGAGGAGCAGAAAGAUGAAUUGGUAUUGACGAUCGCGCGCAAUAAACGUACACUCAUCGAGUUAGACAAUGAGAUACUGCGUCUACUGAAUGAAAGCCGUGGCUCAUUGCUGGAAGAUGAUGAACUUUUCGCCACACUACAAAAAUCACGUCAGACUUCGGUGCUGGUGAAGGAAUCGUUAGCCACCGCUGAAGUGACAGAAAUCGAGAUUGAUGCUGCGCGCCAAGAAUAUCAACCAGCUGCCGAACGCGCAGCAAUUCUCUUCUUUGUACUCAUGGAUAUGUCGAAAAUCGAUCCGAUGUACGAGUUCUCACUCGCUGCAUACAUCCUACUCUUCAUACAGUCUAUUGAACGGAGUCCCAAACAUCAGAUCGUAUACGAACGUAUCCAGAAUAUAAACGAUUAUCAUACAUAUUCCGUGUAUAAAAAUACUUGUCGUGGACUUUUCGAAAUGCACAAACUACUCUUCUCCAUACACAUGACAGCCAAGAUAUUGGAAUGUGCUGGCAAGUUGGUGGAGGCGGAAUAUGAUUUCAUACUCAAGGGUGGCAUCGUACUCGACAAACAGAAUCAACCACCGAAUCCAAAUCCGAACUGGAUUAGUGAACAGGCAUGGGAUAAUAUAACCGAACUCGAUAGAGUCGCUGGCUUUCACGGCAUAAUCGACUCCUUUGAACAGAAUCCGAAAUUAUGGCAGAUGUGGUAUGCCACCACAACGCCGGAAACUGAGGAUCUCGUCGGUGAAUGGAAUGAUAAAUUGACAGAUUUUGAGAAAAUCUGUGUUGUGCGUUGCUUACGACCCGAUCGUGUGUCUUUUUGCCUCACCCAAUUCAUUAUCAAUACACUUGGUCCGCGUUUUGUGGAACCACCGGUAUUGGACUUAAAAGCUGCCUUUGACGAAUCCAUGUCGCAGACACCACUUAUCUUCGUACUCUCGCCCGGUGUAGAUCCCACGCAGUCAUUAAUCAUGCUAGCCGAGCAGUGCAGAAUGUCUCAACGUAUGUUCUCACUCAGCUUGGGACAAGGUCAAGCACCGGUUGCUACGAAAAUGAUUAUGGACGGUGUGCGUGAUGGCAAUUGGGUAUUUUUGGCGAAUUGUCAUCUAUCUUUGAGUUGGAUGCCAACGUUGGACAAGAUCAUCGCCACCAUGCAAUCAAUGAAAUUACAUAAACGUUUCCGCUUGUGGUUGAGUUCAAGUCCACAUCCAGAAUUUCCCAUAUCCAUUCUACAGUCGAGCAUUAAAAUGACCACAGAGCCGCCACGUGGCAUAAAAGCGAAUAUGCGUCGUCUCUACAAUAACAUCAAUGAACAAACUUUCGAAUCCGUCGAUGAAACGAGCAAAUAUAAGAAGUUACUAUUUGCGCUGUGCUUCUUUCACACAGUUCUAUUGGAGCGCAAGAAAUUUUUGGAACUUGGUUGGAAUGUGAUUUAUAGUUUCAAUGAUUCCGAUUUUGAAGUCUCAGAUGUGCUCUUGGCUUUGUACUUAAACGAAUACGAGGAAACACCGUGGGGGGCUUUGAAAUUUCUUAUUGCUGGCAUCAAUUAUGGCGGGCACGUGACCGAUGAUUGGGAUCGCCGUCUGUUAACGACAUAUAUAAAUCAGUUCUAUUGUGAUGGCGCUUUGACCACACACAAAUUUCGUCUCUCCUCACUCAUUAACUAUUUUAUACCUGGUGAUGGCGAUCUUCAAUCUUAUAUUGAUCAGAUACAACAAUUUCCGAAUUUCGACAAGCCAGAAGCGUUCGGUCAACAUCCCAACGCCGACAUUGCUUCACUGAUCGGCGAGACGCGUCUGCUCUUUGAGACGCUGGUGUCGAUGCAAGUGCAGACCACCACUGCGGUAGGUGAGAGCAUGGAAACGAAAGUGCUGCGUUUGGCUAAGGACAUAUUUGCGAGCACACCAGACGAAAUCAAUUAUGAACAGACCGCCAAAUUGAUCGGACUUAAUCGUACACCCCUUGAAGUGGUGUUACUGCAGGAGAUUGAACGUUAUAACUUUUUGUUGAGUAGAAUGAAAAUACAUAUGCGCGAUUUGCAGCGCGGCAUUAAAGGACUCGUGGUGAUGAGCACAGAAUUGGAAGAUAUUUAUCAAUCGGUAUAUGAAGGACGCGUACCGGCUGUUUGGCUGAAAUCUUACCCAUCUUUGAAACCGCUGGCCGCCUGGUCACGUGAUCUCAUACUGCGUAUUGAACACUUUUCACAUUGGGCCAAAACGCUGAAACAACCAACGCUGUUCUGGUUGGCUGCAUACACUUUUCCCACUGGUUUCCUUACAGCGGUGUUGCAGACCUCGGCACGCGCCACCCGUACGCCGAUCGACGAAUUGUCAUGGGACUUUUUUGUCUUCAUCGAGGAUGAUGCAGCUGCCGCUCGCAUCGUACGUGAAGGUGGCGGUGUUUAUGUGCGUGGUCUAUUCUUGGAGGGCGCCGGUUGGCUACGUAAGUUACAAUGCUUACAGGAUCCCCUACCGAUGGAGUUGAUCUGCCCCAUGCCCGUAAUACACUUUAAGCCGGUGGAGAAUCUUAAAAAGAAAACUCGCGGCGUAUAUCAGUGUCCAGCUUAUUAUUAUCCCCAGCGCGCAGGCUCUUUCAUAAUCGCCGUAGACUUGAAAUCUGGCAAUGAGAAGUCAGAUUAUUGGAUCAAACGCGGCACGGCUUUGUUACUCAGCCUUAGUGUUUAGUUGUUGCGUAGCACUGUUUUUGCUGUGCUACAAUUCCCUCGUUGUUUAA